CGUUGAUCUUCACGAGGAAAAGUGAUUUCCGAUGUACGUGACAAAGAAAAACUACUUCAGUUUUAAUUUCAUUAAAAUCUUAUGGACUUAUGGGGGUUUGCGGUGGGGCUGUCGCUAUAAAAUCCUUGGAAAAUCGAGAUCCUGUUUCUUCAGAGUUGUGAAAGAGCUGUAUGGAAAUGCUUGGAAAGUUUGCUUGGGUGAUUCUGCUUCUCUGUGCCUUCCCGCCAUGGAGCUAUGGAAACUUUGCUUCCAAGAAUUUUGAAGAAAUAUUAGUCAAGUUAUCUAAAGUAAUCGAAUACAUUCAUCAAAGACCUCAACAAAUGAACGCCGAUGUUACGUUAUCUCUAACUAUUGUCCAAGCUAAUAUUGCUGCUAUUUUUUUACAUAAAAAUGCACAAUUCUUGACCGAUAAACAUCGAAGUAUACUUACGACGAUUUUAAAGCUUUGCGAUUUAACAAGACGAGAUUUAUUAAAUAAAAUUAUUUUAGAGAACGAAGAUAUCCGAUUAUUGCACGAAACAAUAAAUUAUCCCAAUUUAUGGAUGAAAAAGAUAUCGUGGCGGCAUGGCACUCUAAUAAAAGGGAGAGCCAAUAUCGGAUUAUGUUAUCGAGAUAUACGAGAUCUGGUAAUGCAAGGAGUGCCUAAAGAGGAAGAAAGCGAUCGAUGUCUUGUUGAAAUCGUUCGAAAUAAGUUUAAUUCGGAUCAUAGAAUUCCUAGUUUAUGCCUCGAAAUAUUAACUACUCGAGAAUCUACCAAAGGAUAUCCUCUCACUCAUCGAUUAUUAAUCGUUCAAAUUGCUAAAAUAAUGGAAUGUGACCAAGAUCUUCCCUCUUCAGAAUUAAUACUUUUUUAUUGUUCCGCAAUUUUUCAAGAUCUGAUCGAUAUCGAGAUAGCUGGAUUUCCUUAUCAAACACCAGAUUUAAUGAUGGAACAGGUUGUUUUAUGCGGCAUCGAAGGCUUUCUUGAAUUCACUGAUAAGCAUUAUCAACGAUUAAUAUUGGAUUGGUCACAUCCCAGCGGUUGCUUCAGUUCUUUCGGAAAUAAGUUUCUUAAUAACAAAAUGCGCGUGAUACGAAGAGCUUCGAUGCAAACUGAUUUCGGCUGCGAUAAUCACGCCACUGGUUUAGCCGCUGCCUCUCUUUCUUUAUUUAUUCGCAAAAGUUUAGAGAAUACGUAUGAGUGAACAACGGAAU